CAGUGCGUGAUCCAAUAGAUUUGUGUGAGACUGUGAGUGAUAUGCCCACACUAGACAAGGAAGGCACUGGUUCUGCUCUGGAAGUUCAAGUCUUGGAGCAAUAAUGGGUGAAUCUAUAGUGGGUUCUCCAAAAGAUGCUGAUAAGAUGGGAGAGGUAGCUAGUACAGAUUCGUCAAACCCUUCUCUGGAAGUGUCGGUUUCGUUUGGUAGGUUUGAGAAUGAUUCACUAUCUUGGGAGAAAUGGUCGGCAUUUUCGCCAAAUAAGUACUUGGAAGAAGUUGAGAAGUGUGCUACUCCUGGUUCAGUAGCACAGAAAAAGGCUUAUUUUGAAGCUCAUUACAAGAGGAUAGCUGCUCGAAAGGCCGAGGAACUUCUGGAACAAGAGAAGCAAAUGCAUGAUGAUGAGCCCUUAAAGUCAGAUGAUCAAAAUAAUGGUGAUCAGAUCUGUUGUGGCACGGAUAAUGGAAUUGAUAUUGAUAUAGCUACCAGUCAAACUAAUGCUCAAGGAAAUAGUCAGGAGCCCAAUUUAGAAAAUGGGAUAAGCUGUACUCCUGUGGAAGAUCUCAAGGAGGAUGAUGAGGAUGUUUACACUAUAGAGUGUCAAACAUCAUCGAUUGAGGAAAGAGAGAGAGAGGAAACUGAUAGCGGAGUAGUUAGUCCCAAGACUCCAAACUUGAACAGACCAGAGGAGCUUGUUUUGGUAAAAGAAGUGGAAACUAUCACUGCUGACACUCAAGAAACAAUACAGGAACUUACAAAGACUUUGGACAAUGAUGCAGGCGAUGCUCCAGAAGUUAAAGAGGAAAAGGCGAGAUUGGAUCUUCAGAAGCGACCUCAGAAGGUAACUCCAGUGAGCAAGGAGAGGAUGACUGUGGCAAAGGCCAAGAAGAAAUCAGUUUCACCAAUGACUAAAACACCUCAGAAUCCAACCCCUAGAGUGUCAAAGUUACCACAGAAUUCCACCCCUAGAGUGUCAAAGUUACCACAGAAUUCUACCUCUAGAGUGUCAAAAACACCACAGAAUUCCACCCCUAGAGUGUCAAAGAUACCGCAGAAUACUACCCCUAGAGUGUCAAAGAUACUGCAGAAUACCACCCCUAGAGUGUCAAAGCCAAUGUCAGCUUCUACCGGAGCAAAAUCUGCACCACGGCUCUCAGUUACGAAUGCCAAUGGUUCAUCUUUAAGUAGGAGCUCAAAUCCGUCUAUUCAAAGAACCAAGAAAGUUCCUCCUAAAUCUCUGCACAUGUCACUCAGUUUGGAUCCUAAAAAGUCUGAUUCAGCUACAGAAACUGUGGUUACAGCUAGAAAAUCUUUGAUUAUGGAGCAAAUGGGUGACAAGGACAUUGUCAAACGAGCAUUUAAGACAUUUCAAAACAGUGUCAACCAAUUGAAAUCCUCUAAUGAAGAGAAACCUUCAACACCAAAGCAGCCCUCUACUAAGGCGAAAGAACCAAAGGUUUCCACUUCUGUGUCUCUGCCCAAAGACAAUGGAGGGUCACUCAAAACGAGUUAUCAUGAUAAAAGAAAUGCUAAGGCUGCUCCAUCUUUUGGCUUGAGAAGUGAAGAAAGAGCAGAGAAAAAGGAGUUAACAAAUAAAUUGGCAAAACCCAAUGCCAGAGAUGCAGAGAGAACACAUUCCCAACCAAAGUCAAAGGAGCAAAAGGAGGCAGAGAUAAAAAUGCUAAGACAGAGUCUUAAGCUCAAGGCUACACCAACGACUGAUUCUUAUCAGGGACAAAAGUUAUUGAAAAGCACUUCAGAAAAAGGAGGGUCCUAAGAACAAACACUUUGGUGAUCGAAUUUCUUAUGUCAAAAGGUUAUCAUCAUCUACUGAGAAGUCAUGUCAACUUCAGAAGAAGCUAGAGAAGAAUGAAGACACAUAAGAAGGAAUAUCUAUCUCAGGCAUGGUCCAUGCUUAGAUACUACUGCUUAGCUGUUGGUCAUAAUGAGUCACAAUCUGUAUAUCUGGAAUCUGGAUGAGUAGCACAGAUUGCUUAUGUUAUCAAUCUUAUCUAGAGAUGGGGCAUAUUAAUAAUUUGCACAAGAUGAGAAACAGCUCAGAGGUUCAGUUACCUUUAAUUUUCCCCAAUAGUAUUCAGAGCUAGAAAAUGUUAUGUACCCAUUUUUGUAUAUUUGUGCUUGUGAGACUAUUAGUCCCAGAUAGUUACAU